AUGGAGGUAGAUUCGGAGACGACGGAGGAGGUGGGGAGUAAGAGGGAAAUCCACCAGAACGGUUCGGAGAGGAGAACGUCGAGGAAGAUCACACCGAUCGAGUAUCCAUCAUGGAUGAAUGCUUCCGACAAGCGGAAACAUGAGAGUUAUAUGAAGCUAUUGGUGGCCAAGUGGAACGCCCAGAACCCCAAUGUGACGCCGCUUGUGCUGGAAGAGCUCACGCAGGAGCAGCGGGCGUCGCUGAAACAAGAGCAUUUGGCCAGGGAGAAAGAGAUUGGCGAGGCGUACGCAGCCAGGAUGAAGGAGGAAGACGCGAGAGUGGAGGCGGAAAGGGAUCCGAACGAAGACAACGACGACCGGCUUUACCAACACUACCGAGAGCAUUGGGAGUGGAAAACAAACAAAGAGUUCGGCUCCUUCGAGGACAGGACUCGGAUCCCUGCUAUGUGCUUCACGGUUGAUCCGAUGCCUCGUAUCAGCAGGACCAUGCGUUCCAUGCAGAUCUUUUCAGUCAAAGUCAAGGAAGUGUGCGGGGAUUUACACUGGCCGCUGGAUGUGUUUGGUAUCAUUGCUGUGAGGGACGACCUGGAUUACAAUCGAAAUGUCAUCUUUGAGCGCAACAGGGACAACUGUCAAACCCUCAAUGAGCAGGAUCCAUAUUUAGUACUAACAGGUCCUGUCCGUGCUCCUGUGAGUAUGUUUGGGCCUAUGCGUUUGGACGUCAUCCUGAAGGUGAGGCGCACUAACGUAUCCGAGGACAAAGUUCUAAGCCUGAUAGGCGAACGCUAUGAAUGCUGUGAAUCAAUCAAUUAUCAGGCGAGUAAUGGAGAGAGUGCCCUCAGAUCGUGUGUGAGCAGUGAGAAAUAUAAAAGCAAGCUCAGUACACUGGAGCUGACAUGUGGCAUCGUGGUUAAAUCCAUUGAGGCCACAAUCAGUGUCCGUAUUGUUGAAGGGUCAUGGCCAGAUGGAUUCAGCGGGCAAUUCACUGCCUUUACUGCUAGUGUCAGUCACAUGAGGGUGUCGCUAUUAAAAUUUGGAGAUGGAAGUGCGCCUGUUUCUGCCGCCGCUGAUGGUACCUUGGAGCUCUCACGGCGUGUGGUUUCUGUUGAAAUAUUUGGGGAGCUGCGAAUCUGUGCAUCAGCGCGGAAUGGCAGCAACAAGGUUGAGCCUGAGGUGUCCUUUCAACCUUUGAAAUCUGGUAGAAGCUCUCGUCCUCUUACAGUUGGCUCGUGUGAAAUGGAAGUUACCGUUUGCUGGUCUCUUUUCCCGUUUCGUUAUCCCACUGGCUGCACUUCUUCAAGCAAUGGUGUGGCAAGCAAGGCUGGGUGAGGUGAUAGUAGGUGGUAUCUGAUGACAAUAACUUCAAUCUAGCCUCUUAACAACCUGUGAUGCAAGCUUUCCAGUCAGCAUGAUUUGUCCUACUUAGAGGGGCCUGAAGAAAUUGUCUCUCAGCUCUCGUCCUUUGUUUCCGUUAACACCAAAAAAUCCCCCUCUAGCAGUCAUCCACUUUUUUUUUGAGAUCCCAAUCAUCAACUUGAGGGGCAUCAAAUCCACCCAGGGAGGAUGUACCUUUUGGAGUAGAUAAGAACAAGCGAAUGAUUUCUGACAAUGGCUUUGCCUUGACCUUGUGUUGCAAAACGAUCAGAAAAGUUCGUUGGUUUAAGAAAAGGUUUGUUGGUUUACACCAGUGACGCCGAAGCAUCGGCAUUGGGCCGGAUCCCUUUGUACUGCCUACAUUCCCCAGCUAGAUG